GGAACAAGGUCUAUAUAGGGGAGUCGUGUUAGCAGUUACACGAGGAGCAGAACCUUUGUGGCAGUUCCGCAAUGAUUUUAACCGCUUUUAAGUAAAUUCUACUAAGUAAUCUGACCGAGAGGUAACACUUUCUGGUGUUCUGCUUGCGUGGAUGCAAGUGCAUAUUGCUAGAUGUGGAAACCUGUGUUGUCGUGGCUCUAGGAUCUUUCUUUGGGCGAAGUGCCUCUGCCGAAGGUUCUUUGAAGCGAAGCUGCUAUGACUUUAUUUUUUACGCUUUACCGUCUUUUUUAAACCAGUCUAAUGGUUUAAGACAUGUUUUCAAAGAAUGGAAAUAAACGACGUGUCGGUCAGGGAGCAGCAAUUCCACGAGCGAGUGCGAGAGACUUUAAUCUGUGUCCUUCUCUUCAGCUGCCUGUACAUUGUGUCCUACCUCAUUCUCACUCACUUCAAGAAAAAUGCAGAGUUUGUCACCGAUGACAUUGAAGAUGCCACAGUCAACAAGAUUUCGUUGUGGCUGUGCACAUUCACCCUCUCUGUGGCGGUGUGUGCCGUUCUCCUGCUCCCCAUCUCCAUCCUGUCCAACGAGGUUCUGCUCACCUUCCCCCACAGCUACUACAUGCAGUGGCUCAACGGCUCCCUCAUCCACGGCUUGUGGAACUUGGUCUUCCUCUUCUCCAACCUCUCCCUCGUCUUCCUCAUGCCCUUCGCCUACUUCUUCAUCGAGUCGGAGGGCUUUGCAGGAUCUAAAAAGGGUGUGAUGUCGCGUGUGUACGAGACCGCUGUCAUGCUGCUGUUCCUGAGCCUGCUAGUGCUGGGCAUGGUGUGGGUGGCCUCAGCCCUCCUGAACCACAACAACGCCAGAGAGAGCCUCUACGACCUGUGGGAAUGCUACCUGCCCUACCUGUACUCGGGCAUCUCACUGUUUGGAGUGCUGCUGCUCUUAUUGUGCACUCCCUUCGGCCUGUCUCGGAUGUUCAGCAUCACCGGCAGCCUGCUGGUCAAACCCCGGCUGCUGGAGAAUGUGGAGGAGACGAUGAACUGUGCGGUGAUGGAGGAGGCCUCUCUCAACAGGAAGCUGAACAACAGUGCGUCGUCCUGCUGGGUUCAUGUGAAUAUGGAGGCCGUGAGGAAGCAGUUUCUCAGUGUGCAGGCCAAACGCAUUGCUUUAGAACUGCGGAGGAGGGCAUCCCCAUGGCAACGCAACUUGGGCUACCCACUGGCCAUGCUCCUGCUUCUGGCUCUCACGGUUGUGUGUGUGCUGAUGGUGUGCUUCCACAUCCUGGAGCUGCUCUUCGACGAGACGGCCAUGCCCCGAGGGAUGGAGGACCCUCGACUUGGCAUGGCCUCCUUCUCCAUGUUUGGAUCCCUGGGAGCGGCAGUGGAGGUGGUGCUCAUCCUUUAUCUGAUGGUGUCAUCAGUGGUUGGGUUCUACAGCUCCCCUCUGUUCUCAAGUCUGCUGCCUCGUGCCCAGGACACCACCCUCACACAGAUCAUUGGGAACUGCGUGUCACUGGUGGUGCUGAGCUCUGCCCUGCCUGUCUUUUCCCGAACACUUGGCAUCACCCGGUUUGAUCUGCUGGGAGACUUUGGACGCUACAACUGGCUGGGCAACUUCCACAUCGUAUUCCUCUACAACGUGGUGUUCGCAGGCCUCACCUCGGCCUGCCUGAUGAACACGCUCACCUGGACCGUGCAGCGGGAGCUCAUCCGUGCCUUCGGUCUCCACAAACUCCCCCGGACCGUCUCCCGCUCUGCCAUCCCCUUCAGGCUCCUUGUGGCCAGCGGGCUCUCGAAGAUCCAGUGAGGCGGAGUGGCCUCUCAGUCUCACCCCUCUGAAGGAGCUCUGCCUACCGUGGCCUUUCCUCAGCCCCAAAGAGCCACAGGAUGUCUCUGGGAUGGAUGGAUGGAUGGAGCAGCUGGAUGUGCUGACAGAGCGGCCGGGUUCAUGGUGACACAGCGUCAGGUUUGACAUGACUGUUCAAGCUGCACUGCUCUGCCUAUUUUGUUUUUUUUUUGUUAAUAGAGUUGGGUUGUAAUCAGUCCAAGUGCUGUGACGUCCCGGGGCGGACACGGUGUUCCUGGAGGGACCUGAAGCAGCAGUGCCAGAUUUCUUUUAAUGUGAUCCCGGGACCAGUGCCUUAUGACAUGCCGAGGAACAACGCCUCCCGAAACUGGGAUGGCAACACUCAAAAGUUGAUGGGACGAGCUAUUUAAGAGGGUGACCUCAUGAUGAAGUCAUUUCCUCUUCCUGCUUGAUGGAUGGAGCAGGCUCUCCCCUUAAUGCACCCCCCCCCCCCACAUUUCCCUGUGACACAACACUAUUUUUAGAAUUCAUCUUAAACCACCUUUCACAGGGUUAGCCACUGCUAAAGGGAGAUGAUUGGCGAAGAGUCGGAAGAGAUCCCCUUCAGAUUAAUGGAGAACAGACAUUGUGAGGGUUGAUUUUUAAGGCAUUGGUUGGGUGAACACCGACGAAGUCGUCUUUUUUUUUUUUUUUGGUAAUGCUCUCACACAGCAUGGAGGGCGCUUAAGUCAAAAUGCACUGAGAUUACGAGCAUUUGACGGAAUGUCCAUCUGCCUUAGACCACGUAAACUGUGAUGUUUUAAUAUCAAUACUGUAAAAUGUGUUUUUUUACCCAUUGUCUUGUGUGAAUUAAGUGCAAUAUAAUAUUUGAUGGGUGAAAUGCUUUGCUAAGGUGGGUAAUGAAAGUCACAGGCCAUCCCAUAAUAUCCUAAAUCUUUUUAGACCAGUUGAGUGGAAAUGUGCAAUACAUGGAUGUGUGGCAUUACAAAGUAUUUUGGAAAAAUGCUAAAACAAAAUGGAAGGUUGGUCUGUUUGGUUUUUAUGCUCUUAGCAAACCAUGUGUAUUUGGACAGUAAUUGUAAUGUAUAUUUGAAUGUGUAUCAUGCUAAAAACACUUGGAUCAGGAAGUUGAUUUGUUUGACUUUAUUGUGGUUAUGUUGCCACUAUAAAUGCAAAGCACCUCAUGCACCUUAAGGAUACAGUAAGCCAUACAUGCACAGCUUCGCUCAGCAACUCGGCUCCAGGUUAGAUGUGCCAUUCAUGUGUUUAGACUUCACGGAGAGGUGGGUGAUUUUGUUGGGGGACUGGCAUUCUCCAACAGUCAGAAUUGACUAGUGCAACCCUCUCCCUGUGAAGUCUGUGUAACUUAAACUUAAAACAAACAAAAAGAAAAAAGAUUUUAGAUUCUUUAUUAAUCCCCCGAGGGGAAAUUAGGUAUGUGCAUUUAACCCAUCCGUUGUCAGUGAACACACACAUGAACACACACACACACACUAGGAGCAGUGAGGAGUUACCACACACAGACUAGGAGGUGUGAGGUACACAAACACGCACCCACACACACACCCAGAGCAGUGGGCAGCCAUGUCAGGCACAGUGCCCAGGAAGCAGUACGGUGUUGGGAGCAUUUUAGCUAUGGAUGUUGAGGGAGGGGAAAGUGCAGUUUAUACACUCCCCCACACCCACAUCUUUUCCUGCCAGUUUAGGGGAUUGAACAGGUGACCUUUUUUAUACCUUUAGGGCAUGGCCACUUAUCACAAUUUGUGUUUUAUAUAAAUGGAACAACUUUAAGUUGCUGCUCCAGCCCCCUUCAUUGCACGUAGUUUACUUGCCCCGUCCUUGAGUUGAGUUCUGAGGGCUGGCAGGAUGGUAGUGGGUGUAGGGAGUGCUUUGCGUUUAUGACGCUGUGUCCUUGUCCUGUCGGCCCUUUAAUUUCUGAUCAGUAGAGGGCAGUGUCUUCCAGCUGUCUUAUCUGUAGAUGGCCCUUCCCAGCCGUCCGUCCCAUGGCCUCUGCAGUCUUCACCCCACACUCUCAAUCUGUUGUUAUUCCAAAUGUCCACAGUACCCUAUGAACCUUUUUUAAAGUGUGCUGGGGGUGGAUGUACAAGGUAUGAUCUCCUUCCAUGGUUGUUUUUAAACGUAACUUGACACUUAAAAUGAGCACGUUAUCCACUAACUUUGUUUGAAAUCCUCACAUACUGUUAAUGUGUUUGCAACAGUGAGUGUAAUGGGGGGGGGGGGGGAAAGACCAAAGACCUGUCCCUCAUGCCAAGCGGUUCUUAGGCCAGGACUGCAGCUCACAGGUUAGCCAAUGGUAAGGGGUGAUUCUAGACAGCAUGGACAGUAAAUGCGUCAACAUGAAGAUUUAUUCCACAAGAAAUCUUCAGGGGACCAAUGGAGAAAGUGAGCUUGCAAACUUUUUAAAAAUAAAAAAGUAUUCAGCUCAGUUCUUUUCUUGAAGAAUGUUUGGAUGGCAGACUGUAGGUUUAUUUUCUUUUUGUUUUGGUUGGUAAUUUUAUUUACCAAGUCAAAUGAUACAUUUUUAAUGUAUAAGCCGUGUACAUUUUUAAUGUAUAAUUAGUGUUUUAUAAGGAGAAAAUGUAUGAAUAAAUGUAUUUUAACCCUUACUCCAA